ACUUGGAAGAUUUUGCUGGCACAGUGAGUGGACAUUUUAUAUUCUUCCUCGAACAAUGAGAUUUUCACUUCUGUAUGUUGUCCAUGCUUUUCUUUCUUCUUUUUUGUAAACCACUUAUGGUAUUAGGCACACAAUUAACACAUAGAUGCUUUAAUAACUUUAUAUGUUUAGUUGUUAUCUUAUAUUUGGAUUAUCUUUUAAUUAAUCUUUUUUUUUGUUUAUUCGUUUAUAUCGAUUUCAGAUUAUUUAAGAUGGUUUUGGUUGAUUUGGUAUUUCACCAUGGUGGUGUGUGGAUAAGAGAUCCAAAACUGCUAUAUUCUAUGAAGAAUGUUCACAAAUGGGAAGGUUAUGAUCCUGAUCUCUUAUCUUAUAUAGAUAUCGUUAAUGAAUACAAAAAUAGUUUAGGGUUUGUGGGUGUUCAACAACUGAUUGUGUAUGUCCCUUCUGGAAAAUAUUAUGAAAUAGAAGGUGAUGAUGGGAUUAGGACAUUAUUGUCUUUUGUUAAUGGUGAGUUUGAUGUGAUAAACCUAUUUGCUGUUGAGGAUAAUGAAUUGUCUGUUGAUGUUGAGAACAUAAAGGUUAAUGAUGCAGCUACAGACUGUAGCUCUCAUGGUACUGAUAAUGGUAUUAAUGAUGGGUCUGAUGAAUCUGAUUAUGAUAGUGCACAGAUGGAGGCUUUUGCAAAAGAAAGAAAUAGAACAAUCAAUGCAAAGUUGUCUAAUUAUAAGGACUUACACAAAUUUAUGACAUUCAAAGGUAUAGAUGAAGCUAGGAGAUACAUGAGCUUAUAUGCAUUGUGCCAUGGUUAUAAUUUUACUUUGAAAAAAAGUGAUCCAUUAAGGGUUAGGUAUACAUGUAAAAAAGAAUGCAACUUUGUGUGUCUAAUUUCUGGUGAAAAAAAUGUUGCUGGUGUUAGUGUGAAAACACUAAAAGGAGAACAUAAGUGUGAACCUUCCUUUGAAAACCAUAGUGUUAAGGCAACUACAAUUGCAUACUACUUCAAGGAAAAGGUACAAGGUAACCCCAAAUAUAAGAUUAAAGAUAUGAGAGCUGAUCUUAAAACAGCUUUUAACAUUAAUGCUUCCUUUGGUAAGGCUAAGAGAGCCAAAAGAAUGAUUUUGGAAGAUUUGGAAGGUAGUUUCGUUGAUGAUUAUAAAAAGCUUGUUGGAUAUGUAAAUGCCUUGAAGGAGAGUAAUCCAGGAAGUGAUAUCAUCCUCAAGGUUUCAAAAGCUGCACUUGCAGAAGGCAAACAAAGAUUUUUGAGGAUGUACAUUUGUUUUGAUGCUCUGAAGAAGGGGUUUAGAGUAGGACUGAGACCCUUUAUUGGCUUGGAUGGGACCUUUUUGAAAGGUAAAGCCAAAGGUCAAAUAUUAACUGUUGUUGCUCAAGACUCAAUGAACCACUUUUAUCCCAUUGCUUGGGCUGUUGUGGACAAAGAAACCAAAGCUACUUGGCUUUGGUUCUUGGAAUUGCUUGGGAAGUCUCUAAACUUCAACAAUGGAGAAGGGAUCACAUUAGUCUCAGACAUGCAAAAGGGACUAAUUGAGGCAGUCCAACAAGCUCUACCUGCUGCUUUGCAUAGGUUUUGUGUGAAACACAUAGAAGCUAAUUGGAGAAAGAAAGGGAAGAAAACCAAAGAAAUGACUAAGGUUCUUUGGUGGUGUGCAUGGAGCGCCUAUAGAGAGGAGUUGGAUGAUCAUCUGAAGACAUUGGGUGAUUUGUCAGAAGGAGCCAAAGACCACUUGUUGGACUACCCAAUAGAAACUUGGUGUAGGACUUUCUUUGACACAGUUUGCAAGAAUCAGAAAGUGGAAAACAACUUGGUUGAAUCAUUCAACUCCUGGAUAUUGGUACCUAGACACAAAGCUAUCAUUGGGAUGCUUGAGGAAAUAAGAAUAAAGGUGAUAGAGAUGGUGAGCAACAAUGAAGAAGAGGUGUUGACUUGGGCUACUGAAUGGAGUCCAGAAUCUAUACAAAUGUACAAUGAAUUUCAGAAGAUUGCUACUAGGUGUACUUUACAUUUCAAUGGGGAUUAUGGGUUUGAGGUGAGUGAAGGGAAUGACAAGCACAUUGUCAAUUUGUCUAUUAAGAAGUGCACUUGCAGGGUGUGGGACCUCACUGGAAUCCCAUGUCCCCAUGCAAUCAAGGCACUUCAUUACAAGAAGUUUGAUCCCUUGAAAGAGAUCCACUGGUGGUACUCAAAAGAAGCAUAUCUCUUGACUUAUCAUCACAAGUUACAACCAGUUCCAGGACCAAAGUUCUGGAAAAUAGAUCCAGCAGAAGCAAUGGAACCACCACCUUUGGUAAACAUGGCUGGCAGACCUAGAGAGAAAAGAAAAAGAGACAAAGAUGAAGCACUUAAGAGGCAAACUGGGUGGGUUGCACUAAGGAAAGGAAGAGUUAUGACAUGUUCAACUUGUGGACUUAUUGGACAUAAUGCUAGGGGUUGUGGAAAGGUAAUCUUUCUAUUUAAAUUAGUUGUCAAUUGAAUAUCCUGGACUUGAACUUGAAGAAGAUCUACCUUUGAGGCCAAGAGGUGUGUCAGAGUUGAAGUCUAGACUCCAACAAAGACAGAAGCAACCCAUACUAACUGGAUCAAGACAAAUCAGCUUCAUUGGUGAUGCUAGAGGUUUAAGCAAACCAAGUGAGUUGUAUGCACCAAAAGGUCUCUCAUCGAAUGGUAAUAUAUCUCUUAUUGGAAGACAGACAGAGCAGAUGAGAGUGGAGAAAAUUAAGGCAAGGAAGGGUAAUGGGAA